AUGUUAUCUCAUGUUUACCGUUUAAGUCUGAGAGCUAACUUUCGGGCUUUUGGUUGGGGUUCGGGACGACGCCCGAGCCGCAACUUAGCUGGCAUCAUCGCGCAGCUGUGCCAACCGUUGAACGAGAGAGGGAGAGAGAGAGAGAGAGAGAGAGAGACAAAGAGAGAGAGAGAGAGAGAGAGCGAGAGAGAGACAGAGAGCGAAAGCAAGAGAGAGAGAGAGAGAGAGACUGACAGACAGAGAGAGGGAGAGAGAGACAGAGAGAGAAAAAGAGAGAGAGAGAGAGAGAGGGAGAGAGGGCGGAACCACCUCUUGAAGGCAGCGGCAGCUGCGAAGGGUGCCACCGCAACCACGUCGGCUGUGGCCGGCACAGCCGGUGCGGGCUCCUUGUCGAAAGGUGAGGGCGUGGUUGGCAAGAAGGGCCCCAGCCCGACUUUCGACCCCUCCACGCAGAUCGGCGCCAUGGACCCGCUUGGCUUCUUUGAUCCAGCAGGUUUCAGCAAGAAGGGCGACGAGGACGGCUUCCGCACCUUGCGUGCUGCUGAGAUCAAGCACGGCCGUGUUGCCAUGAUGGCAGCCUUGGGCGCCGUGGUUCAGCACUACGUCAAGUUCCCGGGCUUUGACUCCGUGCCCAGCGGCCUUGCAGCGUCCAUCACUGCGCCAGGCAGCUACGGCUUCGUGGCCCUCUUUGCGGUGGCCGGUAUCUUGGAGCUCGGUGCCUGGACCGAGAGCCCCGACAAGGAGCCGGGCAACUUCGGCGACCCCGCCGGCUUGAACCAGUACACCCAGGAGAUGAGGGAGCGUGAGAUUAACAACGGCAGAUUCGCGAUGUUCGCAGCCAUCGGCAUCAUCGCUGCGGAGCUCUACACGGGCAAGGAUGCCAUCGAGCAGUUUGGUCUGUGA